UCACUGAGUAGCCCCGCCCCUGAACCCGGAAGCGGAGCUUUUUUUGAUGACGUUGAGUGUUGAUGUAAGCAGCAAGAUGGCGUCCACGGAGCAGUCUCUCCCGGAACUGGCGGAAAAGGAGAUGCGAGAGAAGCUCGCUCUCUGGGACUGGAGCUCCCAGCCCACGGCGCCGCUCACGGACAGGCAGACUGACUCGGUCCUGGAGAUCCGCAGCGCCGCCGAGACUCUCCCCAUUCCCGCAGAGUUGCCGAUCGAGGACCUGUGUGUCCUGUCUUCUCGCUCUCUGCUCUCUCCGUUCACAGCCGCCGUUCCUGCCUCCACAGAGGAUGUGCUGACGAAGGGCUUCCAGGUUUUGCAGGUGGAGAACGAGAGAAUCGAAACAGCUCAGCAGUUCUUCUCCUGGUUCUCCAAACUGCAGACUCACAUGGACCAAGAAGAAGGAACCAAAUACAGAAUGACACGGGAGUGUUUGAGUUGUUAUCAGCAGCAGUGUGACUCCAUAUUGGUGGAUGUAAACGAGGCUCUCGGUCACCUCGACUCUCUACAAAAACAAUAUUUAUUUGUUUCCACAAAGACAGGAACACUGCAUGAGGCCUGUGAACAGCUGCUGAAGGAGCAGUCGGAGUUGGUGGAUUUGGCAGAGAGCAUUCAGCAGAAACUUUCCUACUUCAAUGAACUGGAGAACAUAAACACGAAACUCAACUCUCCCACGCUGUCGGUGAACAGUGAGGUGUUUAUCCCCACGCUCUCCAAACUUGACGACUGCAUCGAGUACGUUUCAUCACACCCGAACUUUAAGGAUUAUCCGGUGUACCUCUCCAAGUUCAGGCAGUGUUUAUCUAAAGCAUUACAUCUCCUGAAGACUCACAUCAUCAACACGCUACAGAACCUCACCAAUCAUCUCACCAAGAGGGACCCUGUGAGCACAGCGAACCUGGACAACGCCUUCACACUUUACUACGUGAAAUUCAGAGCAGCAGCACCAAAGCUCAGAACACUAAUCGAGCAGAUUGAACAGCGAUCCGAGAAAAUCCCAGAGUAUCAGCAACUCUUGGAUGAUGUUCAUCAGUGUUAUUUGGACCAGAGAGAAGCUCUACUCACUCCCAGCAUCAAGUCCACCAUAACUGAGCUGACGGGACAGAACAACAAGGACCACUGUGCUCUAGUGCGCAGUGGUUGUGCUUUCAUGGUUCACGUGUGUCAGGAUGAACAUCAACUUUAUAACGAAUUCUUCUCGAAGCCUACAGUGAAGCUGGACGAGCUGCUGGAGAAGCUGUGCAUGUCUCUGUAUGACGUCCUGCGGCCGCUCAUCAUCCACGUGGUCCAUUUGGAGACUCUGUCAGAGCUCUGCAGCAUUCUGAAGAACGAGAUGCUGGAGGACCACGUGCACAACAACGUGGUACAGUUGUGUGCGCUCGACACAGUGGUGCAACAGAUGCUGGAGGAUGUUCAGGAACGCCUGGUAUACAGAACACACAUCUACAUCCAGACCGACAUCAGUGGGUACAACCCUGCACCUGGAGACCUCGCCUACCCUGAGAAACUGCAGAUGAUGGAGAAAAUUGCUCAGUCUCUGAAAGAGGAGCAGGUGAAACUCGACACCUCCUUCACUGACGUCCAGCUGGAGGAGUCCAACUCCAGGAGGAUCGGAACUACAGGAGGUGUUUCUCCUGCUGAUCUACACGGGAUGUGGUAUCCAACAGUCAGGCGCACGUUACUGUGUUUAUCUAAACUUUACCGCUGCAUUGAUAGGACCGUGUUUCAGGGUUUGUCCCAGGAAGCUCUCUCAGCCUGCAUCCUGUCUCUGCUUAAAGCUUCAGAAUUCAUCAUAAAGAACAAGAGUCAAAUCGACGGGCAGCUGUUCCUCAUCAAGCACCUCCUGAUCAUGAGAGAGCAGAUCGCACCUUUCCACGCCGACUUCUCCAUCAAAGAAAUCUCACUGGACCUGAAGAAAACCAGGGACGCUGCAUUUAAGAUCCUGAACCCCAAAGCCAUGCCCAACUUCUUCCGUCUCAACAGCCACAACGCCAUCCUGGAGUUCCUGCUGGAGGGAACCCCAGAGAUCAAAGAGCACUACAUUGACUCGAAGAAGGACGUGGACCGGCACCUGAAGUCCAGCUGUGAGCACUUUAUCCAGCAGCAGACUCGCAUGUUCGUGGGAAACCUGGAGGAGUUUCUCACCAAGGUGUCUGCGUUGAAGUCGAUGGUGGUUGGAGGAGGUCCGAGUUACCAGCUCUCCCAGCAGCCCUGGGCUCAGCCUGCAAAGAUCAACGAUCUGGUGAUGUCCACGUACCGGGUGAUGAAGACCAAACUGCCGCUGACGUUACAGAGCAUGAUGCUGUACCUGGCAAACAAAGACACGGAGUUCAUCCUGUUUAAACCUGUCAGGAAUAACAUUCAGCAGAUGUUCAUGAAGCUCCAUGCACUGCUGCAAGAGGAGUACAGCGGAGAGGACCUGCAGAUCAUCGCCUGUCCCUCCAUGGAACAGGUGAAUCUGUUGCUGUCGGUCAGUAAAUAACUGAGGACUGAGAUCUGGAUGGAGGUGGUGAUGAAGAUGAAGAUCACAGGAUUUGGAAGAUGAACUUGUUACACUUAAUGUUUUGUAUUUUUUACACUAAAAGGUUUGUAUAUAGAGAGGACUGCAGAGCGUGUGUGUGUGUGUGUGUGUGUGUGUGUGUGUGUGUGUGUGUGAGAGAGAGAGAAAACACACACGGCUGCAGAGUCACACCAAGUUUCCAGAGGAACAGGACACUCCUGAGCACCACCUCAUCCUGUUGCCAUGGCAGUGGUGUGUCACAGCAAUGGUGUGUGUAGGCGUGUCUUGUAGGGGACAGGGGGUUGAGGGACGUGAGUGUGAGGGACGUGAGUGUGAGGGACGUGAGUGUGAGGGACAUGAGUGUGAGUGUCGGGUUUUUUAUUUGUUUCUUUUAUAAUCGAUUGUUCAGAUGAAUGUAAAUGUACAGAUUAAACUCACACUGUCUAGAUGUUCAGCUGAUGUUCGUUCUUCACAUAACGUCCUGUCUGAGAGGAGAAACCAAUAAAACAUCUCAAUUACA